UAAUUUCAGGUAGCCAUAUUCGUCCUGUGCGUUCAACAUCAAACAUGGGCGUUUCUUUCGUCGUCUGCAAAGUGUCAAAUGCUUUGCGUACAACGAAAAUGUUUCGAGGCAGUGAUAGAUUUUAGCUGUUUGAAAAUAUUGAAAGAUUUUUCAUGUUUCUUACUAUUGUUAAAUGGUUUCAAGUAAACACGCGAUAUAUACACAUAUAUAGGUAUAUACCUGUUCGUGAAAAUUGUAAUUUUACUCGGUGAUGGCUAUGAUUCAGUACGAAAGGGCAUCUCUUCAAGGUAUUACAACUUCGGUGGAAUAAUUCAGUUAAAAAGCAAAUAUGGUAAAAUAUAUGACUAUUGCGAAAGCAUAAACUAGAAUCUCGCCUAUAAAAUUCAUUUGAAUUCUGUUUAAAUCAAUGUUAAACUGUUCAUGUAAAAUGGGAAGGUUAUGCUUCGUCUCGAAAUGAAAAUCACUAUAUUAGUGUUUUAAAUAAAUAUAAUUAUUUAACUGCACAAAAUAAAAGAAAUACAAAGUUACAAAUUAAGUAUGAGAAUAUGUUGAUAGUAUAAAGUGUAUGUUCUAUGGAAAAAGUGGAUUGACUUAUUUGAUAUCAGAAUCAGCUGAUUCCUACUACGUUGACAAGGGAUCGCUGGAUACGAACAAUGUUAAACGAGUAGAACAGAUUAAUGACCUGAUAUCGAUAUUAAUGAUAUGUGAAAAAUAUAAAUACAUAGAAUCAUAUUUUUAAACGUAUAAUUUCUUUAUUAAUCUUAAAAUACAAAAAUUGAGGAAAAUGUCAGGAAACAAUUCAACUGCAGUGGGUACACCUAGAGGUGGGAAUUUACAAAAUCGUAAUUCUCAAAGAUCGACGCUUUUAAAAGUGGUGAUCCUGGGUGAUGGUGGUGUUGGAAAAUCUUGUCUUAUGAACAGAUUUGUAUCAAAUCAUUUUGAUGAACAUAGUUUUCAUACCAUUGGUGUAGAAUUUUUAAAUAAAGAUAUUGAAAUUAAUGGAGAGGCAUAUACUCUUCAAAUAUGGGAUACAGCUGGACAAGAAAGAUUCAAAACUCUCAGAACACCAUUUUACAGAGGUUCUGAUAUUUGCCUCUUGACUUACGCGGUUGAUGAUAGAACGAGUUUUAAAAAUUUAGCACUUUGGAGGUCAGAAUUUCUUUAUUAUGCCGAUGUUCAAGAGGGCUCAACAUUUCCAUUUAUAGUUGUUGGAAACAAAGUGGAUGUUCCAGAAUCUGAAAAACAGGUGUCUACAGAAGAAGCUCAAGCUUGGUGUGCAGAAAAUGGGGAUCCUCCAUUAGUAGAAACAUCUGCAAAAGAUGCGACAAAUGUUGAAGCAGCAUUUGGAGCAGCUGUUGCGGCUUGGGCACAACUUGAAGCUAGACUAGAGCGACCAUUAGUAGAAGAUACAGUUGACCUUUCUAAACAACAGUCCUCUCAUCGUUCAAGUUGUUGUAUGCCUGUGUCUGGUGCUGAGUAGGUGAUAGAUAUAAGAUUUAAAUAUUUUUAUGUUUUCAUAACAUAAUGCAUGAAUCAUAUUUCUUAAGACCCACGGUUAAGAAAUUGAACGAAAUGAGUGGUAAAAAGAGAAGCAUAAUAAUUUUUGUGACAAAAAUUGGUAUUCUUUAAAUGUGCACAUAGAAUAUGUUUAUACCUGAAAAGAAUAUACUAUGUUGCAAACUGUAUGAAUUCUUAAAAAGUGAUAAUCACUGUAUUUAGGACAUAUAAGGACAUUAUAUUAUAGAAGUAUAAGAACUUUAUUCCUUUUUCUUUGACCUACACAGCACUUAUUAAUAUUCUCUCUGAUCCCUGAAAAUUGAUUCAUGACCAUUGGCAACAAUUUUUUACAAAAAGUGAUGAUAAGUUAAAUUUGUAGGAAAAUAGGAAUGUUUGUUAUUACUAAUGAUAGUGACAAUUUUGCAUGUAUCAUGCUUUUUCUUCUAGGUCUAACAAAAUUAUUUGAAGAGAUCUCUCGCCUGUCUGCGAUCAUUCGUCGUAAUAAGGUGAAUGUUAACAUUACAAGUAGUUUCUGUUCGUUAUAUUCAGUUUUUAAUUACGAGAAAUAUAUUUUAUGUUGCCAAUGAACAUAUUUAUUCGACAUUUACACAAUUUGGAUCCAUAUAUUUUAUUGAUUUCCAUGACACUUUUCAGUUUCGUUACACAACGUAAAAGUAACCUAGCAAAUUACACAAAAAGAAAUAAUAUUUUAUGAUUGAUAUUUCCAGAAUACGACUGUAAAGUGUAAGGUCAAAUUGAACGUCCUACUCGUAUCACGCUUUGUGCAGCUCUUGAGCUACAAACAGUAUUUUAAGUGUUUCGUACACCAUUGGCUUGUGAUAAAAUAAUAAUAAUAAUAAUAGUUAUAAUCAUUACCAUCAACCGCUUUAUAAAUAAGAAA